AUGGCCAAGGAACACAUUUUGCCCAGAUCACGAGCGUCUGUGGGCUAUCACCGCGCCAAUUCGAAGGGCAUAGAUAUCGAUGCCAAAUCUUCUCGCAAAGCUGCGGCCGACUUUCUCGCAACAGACCUUGGAAAGGGCGUAGACAUCCAUGGGGUUGACAUCAAUAUCCUCAUCAACGGGGAAUGA